GCGGUUGCGGUUAAUCAUCAAGUUAGAUGCUUUAGCCAGGGAAGAAGAAACAAUCUUUCUUUUACACUUCGCCCGCGUCCUAGCCGCUUGAGUGUUUCUUGCGCUAUUUAUUCUCCUUUAAUUGCUGGUAAACAGGCAAACCCCGAUACCGUGGACAAGGUGUGUAAAGUUGUCAUAAAGCAACUCGCACUUAAAGAGGGUGACAAAGUUACGGCUGCAACCAAGUUUACUGAUCUCGGUGCUGAUUCUCUUGACACGGUUGAGAUUGUGAUGGGCCUUGAGGAAGCGUUUGGGAUUCAAAUGGUGGAGGAGAAAGCACAGGCUAUCACGACGGUUGAGGAAGCAGCUGAGCAUAUUGAGGAGCUCUUGAUGCACAAGGCUAAGUAG